UUACCUUCUAGCGGCAUAAUGGGAGAACCGGUCCCAAGGAGCUUACACUCUAGUGGUAUAAUGGGAGAUGCUGCCCCAAGGGGCUCAUGAUGUAGUGGUAUAGUGGGUGAGCCUGCCCCAAGGAGCUUACACUAUAGUGGUAAAAUGGAAGACCCUGUCCAAAGGAGCUUACACUCUGGGGUAUAAUGGGAGAGCCUGCCCCAGGGAGCUUACACUCUAUAGGUAUAAUGGGAGACCCUGGCAGAAGGAAAUUACAUUCUAGUGGUAAAAUGCAAGACCCUGCCCCAAGAGGCUUAUGCUCUAUUGCUAUAAUGCGAGUCUAGUGGUAUAAUGGGAGAUGCUGCCCCAAGGGGCUUAUGAUGUAGUGCCUUAAUGGGAGACCCCAUACCCAAGGAGCUUAUGCUCUAGUGGUAUAAUGGGAGACCCGUCCCUAAAGAGCUUACACUCUAGUGGUAUAAUGCCCUGCCAUAAGGGGCCUAUGCUGUUAUAAUGGGAGAUCCUGCCCCAGGGAGCUUACACUCUAGUGGUAUAAUGGGAGAGCCUGCCCCAGGGAGCUUACACUUUAGUGGUAUAAUGGGAGAGCUUGCCCCAGGGAUCUUAGGAGUGGUAUAAUUAUAGAGUCUUACACUCUAGUGGUAUAAUCUGAGACAUACCCCAAGGAGCUUACACUCUAGUGGAAUAAUGGGAGACCCUGUCCCAAGGAGCUUAUACUCUAGUGGUAUAAUGGGAGAGCUUGCCCCAGGGAGUUUAGGAGUGGUAUAAUUAUUGUGCCUAGAAGCUGCAGUGUUAUAACACCAGCUGGAAAACAGCUAAAGAGAGAUUUCUUUGUGUAAGGAAAGUCAUUAGUGACAGGAGCAACACUAUCGCUGAAGUUAUAUAUUUUUGAUUAUCAGCUCCGUUCUCCAUCUGUAAGGUUUGUUUCCCCCUAUGGAAUUACCUGGGAGAUAAAAGUGCCCUCAUAUAUGAUGUAGGAAUUAGCUAGAUUACAGGCAACGCCUUCCACUAUAUAUCCUGAAAAGUCCUUUAAUGAGCUUCCACUUGGGAGUCUGGUUUCGACAGUCUCCAUGGCGAUGAUCUGGAGGUCCACAAUGGGGAGAUGGAAAUAGAGCAUUGAUAUUGGAGAGUCCUGUGUCUCUUUGUGUUGGAGGUAAUGGAUAUCCAUGACGAGGAGAAAUAGGCUGUCUGGUAGGAAGCAAUGGUUAGGCAAGAGUAUUUAUGCUGAGUCCCCCAAGAGCUGUUGUUGGAAGAGGGCAACUGUAAAAAAUUCGUCCCUGGAUCUCUCCAACUGGCACUCUGCCCACCAGCUUUGAUCGACCCUUUCAGCCAUGAGUUCUAAACUGGUACAGGCUAUAGACACGCUGAUCUCGGUCUUCCACACCUACUCAGGACGGGAAGGAGACAAGUGCAAACUGAGUAAAAGGGAAAUGAGAGACCUGAUACAGAACGAGCUUGCAGAGUAUCUUGAGACCCAGAAAGAUGCCAUGUCAGUAGACAAGAUCAUGAGUGAGCUAGACGAGAACGGAGAUGGUGAGGUGGACUUCCAAGAAUUUGUCAUCCUCGUGGCGUCCCUGACUGUGGCCUGUAAUUCUUUCUUCAACCAUGAAAACUGACCCUGUUAAGGGGUGGGGAGGGGCUCUUUGCCAGGAUGUGAUGCAUGCUGGGAUACUACAGAACAUCAUGGAACCUUUGUGUCUGAUUAAACAUAACAAAUACA